AUGGAGUACCUAUUCUACUCGGUCUGCUUCUUUGUCCUGGCCCUUGCAACAGCCGCAUACUUCACACGGCACCGUUGGAUCCACGUCCUACCCAUCCCUGAACCCAUCUACUCGCGCCUACCAACCUCCUUCCGCGACGAUAUCGAAGCAGGUCUAUCGUCAUCAGCAUUUGACCUCAGUGGCAAUGUAGAAUCUGGCGACUCGCGCCAAGGCCUAGAUGACGCGGGGAAGAAGGAGGUCAUGCGCAUCAUGAAGCGACAAGGCGUCGACUUUGACGAGGCGCGCAGAAUAUACAUGCAGGAUCGAUUCAAGAAGAACAACAUUGGAGCCGACGGUAUCCCCCGCGAUCCAAAGUUUGUCAGCUUCUCGUAA